GUUUUCCUCUGUUUUUCUUCUGUUCGCUCUGAACCUCCCUUCUCCAUCGUGCCAUUACCGAUUCCCCCUUCUUCUGUGCUGUUCUAUCCUCGUCGCCUCUCCCGUCCCUUCUCCCUACCGCUGCCAUAAUUCCAACUCUUCAACAACACCACUGCAGACAUCUCCUCCUCGUACAGAGUCCAUCUCACCGUCGACAGCCAAUCCAGCACAGCCUCCUUCGUGGCUGACCGGUCGAUCUCUGGCUUCCCGCUAAUUAGCCGCAGGCCUCGUCGAUUGACCUUCUAGGCCGCACUACGCUCAGAUCCCAUCCUAUUUAAGGGGAGAGGGGCCCCGGCUUUUAUCGAUUCCUGUGCCCCCUUCACUGUUGUCAGGAUCGUCAUUGACCGUUUCACGGGUGGGGUCUAGGGAGAGAAUCAGGCCCCUUUCUGCCUAAUUCCGGCAUUUGCCCUGAUUCAAUUGAAACCUGUGUUUUUUUCGCGCGUCGACUCCUUUUUGUUUCUGUCGCCAGACCGCUCCGCGAACAUGGCCCAGCAGCAGAAUGACAAUGUGAUGCGAAGGAAGCUGGUAAUCAUCGGCGAUGGAGCUUGUGGGAAAACCAGUCUUCUCAGCGUAUUCACUCUUGGAUACUUCCCAACUGUGAGUGUUCCCACCGUUUUUGAAAACUACGUGACGGAUUGCAGAGUAGACGGGCGAUCGGUUCAGUUGGCGUUGUGGGAUACCGCUGGUCAGGAAGACUACGAACGAUUGCGACCGUUGGCGUAUUCGAAAGCUCAUGUGCUCCUGAUUGGUUUCGCCGUGGAUACACCGGAUUCAUUAGAGAACGUAAAGCAUAAGUGGAUUGUGGAGGCAAAUGAACGAUGCCCCGGCGUCCCCGUUAUACUGGUCGGACUGAAAAAGGAUCUCCGCGAGGACCCUCUAGCUAUCGAAGAAAUGAGAAAGAAAUCGUUGCGCUUCGUGACGCCUCGAGAAGGGAAUGAAGCGGCCGCAGAGAUUGGAGCUAGGAAAUACCUCGAAUGUUCCUCGUUGACUGGAGAAGGGGUUGACGAUGUGUUUGAGGCAGCUACUCGAGCUGCCCUUCUCACGUUCGACAAGCGCAAAAGCUCAUGCUGCAUUGUGCUAUGAACGAACUAGUCCUGCACCAUGCUUCAGCGAUACCCACGAAGUUUCUUUUGGGAUUUUUGCAUACGUUCACGAUACCGAUCACCAGCAAUGAAGCCUUUCUCUUCCGAAACCCACGCUGUUCCCGUACAGCCGCAUAGCGACUGCUUUCUCCGUUUUUGGUUGAAUUAUCUGGUUGACCGAACUUGGGGGGAUAAACUAUC